ACUCGAACAUCUUCCAGAUUUUCAUUUCUUCCCCAGCACAAAACACUCCACAAUAAUUAAAAAAAGAUCAUUUGAAUAAAAAGCCGUUUUUUCAUUCAUCGUCAAUGGCGACGCAGAUCUUCAAGCCCCCUCUUCAAAUCUCUCCCAUUUCCAGAAAGUGAGAGAGAGAGGGAGAGAGAGAGAAACGGAUUGCUCAUGUCUUUCGACGGUGAUGAUAAGCUAUGUGUCUGUGGGCGGGCUGCUUCGGUGAAUCUGAACCUCGUCAGUUCGAUCGUUCGCGAUAUCCGGGAGCCUUGUCUUCAUCAGUCGCCUACGAGGGGAAGCAAAAUGCUCAAGCCAGAGAAGUGGCAAGCCUCUUUUGAUAGUGAUGGAAAGGUUUUUGGUUUUAAAAAAGCACUCAAGUUAAUUGUUUUGGGGGGUGUGGAUCCAUCUAUAAGGGCAGAAGUUUGGGAAUUUCUUCUUGGUUGUUAUACGCUGGGCAGCACAGCCGAGUAUCGAACGCAACUGAGGAUAGCCCGCCGGAAGCGGUACGAGGAUUUAAUCAAGCAGUGUCAGAUGAUGCAUUCAAGCGUUGGCACUGGUACCCUUGCCUAUGUUGUUGGCUCCAAAGUGAUGGAUGUGAGAACCAUGUCUAGAGAUAAUGGCAACGGGGAAGCAGACGUCAAAAGUGGACAAGCUUCUCAAGAUGGCGCUAACACAUUAGAGGCAGACCAUGAUUUGAAUAAUGGUUGUACGAAUACAUCAUAUGCAUGGCAAAGAGAAAGUUCAAGUGAUUCAGUCGACCUUGUCAGUGUUAGGGGAAGCACUGAUAGUGCAGCCUAUGAUUCUUCAUGUGCAGUGCCAUCUUCUAAAGAAUAUGUAACUGAGAACUAUUUUGAUUUCCCCCCUCUACCUGUCACGGAUUUGUUCCAAAAGAAUGAUGAAGAUGAGAUAGGAUGCGGGGCACAUGAUGAUGGGCUAUCUGCAGACCAAUCAUUUAGAUUAAAGGAUGAAUCCAUGCAUAGUUUUCAAAUUAAUAAUAAUGUAGAUCUAAUUAUGGAAUCGAAGGCUUUACCUUUAGGUAGUGUCUUGCAUUCAAGAAACAGUGAGAUUGAGAUGUUUAGUUCAGAUGUCCAAGGACAAGCAGACUUGGAAUUCAAAACUGAAAUAGUAAACAGACUGAGAAUAUCAGAUGUUCCUGAAGCAGCCAUGAUAAAUGCAACUACAUCUAAUGGAGUGAGGGCCAGUGAAGAAAGAGUUUCUGAAUGGCUUUGGACACUUCACAGAAUUGUUGUUGAUGUGGUGAGAACGGACAGCCAUCUUGAAUUUUACGAGGAUGCUAAAAACAUGGCUCGAAUGUCAGAUAUUCUUGCUGUUUAUGCAUGGGUUGAUCCUGCUACUGGAUACUGCCAAGGUAUGAGUGAUUUGCUGUCUCCUUUUGUUGUCCUCUAUGAGGAUAACGCAGAUGCAUUUUGGUGCUUUGAGAUGCUUCUACGGAGAAUGCGUGAUAAUUUCCAGAUGGAAGGGCCAACAGGAGUAAUGAAGCAGUUGCAAGCAUUAUGGAAGAUAUUGGAACUAACAGAUGCUGAAAUGUUCAGGCAUUUGUCACUUAUAGGUGCUGAAAGUCUGCAUUUUGCUUUCCGAAUGCUGCUGGUGCUUUUCCGUCGGGAGUUGUCCUUUGAUGAGGCCCUUUGUAUGUGGGAGAUGAUGUGGGCUGCUGAUUUUGAUGAAGCUGUUGCCCGGGAAUUAGAGGAGAAUUGUCUUGAACCAUUGGUUUUACAGCUUCCAAGGGAUUCAGAUGCAGGACCAAUAGUCGAAAGCCUGGAGAAUGGUAAAAGAGAUUUGAAGGGCUCACAAUCAGCACAUGGCAGUGUAGAAAAUUCUGCAUCUGAUAAUAAUGGAAUGAGAUCGGGUUUAAGAUAUCCCUUUUGUGGCUUGACUGGGGUUAGUUUCCGCACAAGACAUGACCACAUGCAGAUUUGUACCAUUACUUCAUCAACGAGAAAUGGGGAUGAUGAAUUACCUGUCUUCUGUGUAGCAGCAGUUAUCAUCAUCCACCGCCAAAAAGUUAUGAAAAAAACCCACUCAAUUGAUGAUCUGAUAAAGAUGUUCAAUGAUAAGAUACUAAAAAUAAAGGUGAAAAGGUGCAUAAGGAUGGCUAUCAAACUCCGGAAGAAAUACUACUACAAGCUCAUCAAGCAGCACACGAGUGGAGGGAGCUCAGAGCAGUGACUACCACAAAGAUGUAGAGAUUCACAAUUCCUCAUUGCUGUCAUGGGAUAAAGUUCAGACAGUUCCUUGGAUUUCACUCAUUUGUGAAGGUGGCGCAUUUAUCGGGCAUUGAUAAUACAAAUUUUCGGGUCGAUACAAUCAAUUCUGUCGUUUCUGACUUUUAUUUGGAGGGAGUUUAGAACAGGAACUGAUUCUUAGCCUGUUCGAAAAUCCAGUUAUCUGCAGCUUCCAUUCCAUUCUUUCAGCACUUGUGUAAGGUUCUUCAAACAAUUGCUUCAAGCUUGCUGAAUUGUAUAAAAAUGGAGUGGUAGUUUUCUGUUAGCUGCCUGGAGAUCAGACUUGAAGCAUCAUCUGGCUGCUGCUGUCUCAUGGACACUACUGGUCGGUAAGCGAGUGAGACCCAUACAUUACCAUUUUUUUUAGCUUCGAAAAUUGCUGUAUCCAGAAAAAAGAGUGCUGGAUCAAUUGGCUUGCUUUCCUCUGUAUCUGUGAACAUUGGAAUCUAUUUAUUGGAGGAAAAGAAAGGAAAAGAAAAGAACAACUCAAGACUGUCCAAAUGUAGUCUCCUGUGUUAGAUAUGGUUGGCUGAGGUAUAUUUCUUCCA